AGAGAUCAUAGGGUCCUGAUCACUCAGCACCCUGUUUCUUGCUUACUUACCCUCCUGAUCCUGACACAUCGUGAGUAAAGUCAGUAGACACACUCUGGUCACACUGGGAGUGGGGGUUGUCUAACCUAUUACAAGAUGCUGGGAAGAGCUCUUGGAAUUUGCAACCACUUGGGGACAUGUGAAUGUCUUACCCCCUGUAUUUCCUCCCAAUUGAAAGGAGGUAAGGGGAUUGUCAACUUUAAGCUGUGCAAAUGUGGAUCUGAGCUUCCUCUACAUGCGUGACGGGUCAUUGGUACCUCUUGAAAUCCAAAGGCGAGCCUGGACUCUGGAAUUGGGGUGUUCGGAAUCCAGCUAGAAACUGAAUCUGGAUUUGCGGCAAUGCCCUUUCUAUUCCAGGGUUCCUCACAUCUGUUUAUGGAAUUCAGAGUCAUGGUUGGCUGAGCUGGAGUCUUAUGAUGUGCCACAUGCAUGGAUUUUGGGGAAGUGUUUGGAGAUGAUCUUGUGACUGGACCUAGUUGGGGAUUUUAAUGAUUGAGAUGCAGUGCUCAUCAGAUUCUACCAUCUGAGAGUUUAGUGGAGUCACAUGUAUAUCCGUCAGCCCGUCGUGGUUGAUCCAAGGGUUGUAAAUAAUAGAUGUUACAUUGGGUGGCUUGCUUUCUUUUCUUAAUGCUGCAUUUGGGUCGUGAGCCUUGGGCUGCAUGACGCUAGGCAAGCACACCACCACUGAGUUAUGUUCCUCAGUCCUCUUUUAACUUCCAUUUUAGACGGGAGCUCACCAAGUUUCCUAGGCUAGGCUUGAACUUGUAAGUCUGCUCUUCCUUAUUCAGAGACAGCAUCUCACUAUAUAGCCUUGGCUGACUUCAGACUCACUCUGUAGAACUGGUCUGACCUUGACCUCCCCUGCCCCUGCUGCCUUGUGCCAGGAGUGGGGUAAAGGUGUGCCCACAGCCAGCUGUGAUUUGGCUUUAGAUUCCUGACUGCCUGCACCAUUACACACCUUCAGCUUUCUGUUUACUUUAAACCAUUUCACCCUGACUUUCUGCACAGCCAUAAUGGGUUGGAACAGCUCCUCCCUGCCCAGAAACAGUAACAUUAGCCAGCAGUCACAAAAUUUUUUUAAAAUGUUUAAAUUGGAGCCUUCUAUUGCCGUAUAUUGCUCUUUGGUGUGUCUCCACCCCCCCCCCCCCCCCACACACACACCAUGUGCACGUGGCUCUGUGCCCCCUAUCAUCUCAGAAGAGGAUCUGAGACAGAGUUGAAAAUGGUUCAGGGGUUGGGGUGGGGGUAGGCCAUGACUAAAAGGGUAGAAAACGAUGGAAUUCUCCAAUAAGACAUUCUGAGAAGGGGUGGAGACAACUAGAUCUGUGUCUUUUUCAUUUCCUCACCAAAGCCUCAAUAUGAAUAAUUUGCUGUCAUAUUUUUCCCCCAAAGAGUCAGAUGAAACUGAACACUUAGCAGCUCUCAGGAACUUUGUGCAAACGUGUGUCCAUCCUUCCACCCUAACCCCCCUCUCAUCCUAUCCCUGCCUCCCUCCCUCAUCCAAAUUUUCCAGCCAUCGCUGGAGUUGACUUCCGCAAUCCUGAUGGAAUAAAUCUAGCCACCCUUAGUCUCCCACUCACAGUAGCCACACUUGCUGUCUGAAAGGAGCCUAGACAACAGAUUCUCAACAACAGGCUGGCUUAGACUGAACCUCCUGUCGAUGGAAGUCUCCCCUAAUUAUUCCUCUCACAGGAUGUGGGUGUUCAAGUUUCUGCUGCUACCCAUGUUGAGCUUCGCUCUGUACCCUGAGGAGAUGCUGGAUACCCAGUGGGAGCUAUGGAAGAAGACCCAUAGGAAGCAGUAUAACAGCAAGGUGGAUGAAAUCUCUCGGCGUUUAAUUUGGGAAAAAAACCUGAAGCAUAUUUCUAUCCAUAACCUUGAGGCCUCUCUUGGUGUCCAUACGUAUGAACUGGCCAUGAAUCACUUGGGAGACAUGACCAGUGAAGAAGUGGUUCAGAAGAUGACAGGACUCAAAUUACCACCUUCUCACUCCCACAGUAAUGACACUCUCUACAUCCCAGAGUGGGAAGGCAGAGCCCCAGAUGCCAUCGACUAUCGAAAGAAAGGAUAUGUUACUCCAGUCAAAAAUCAGGGUGAGUGUGGUUCCUGUUGGGCUUUUAGCUCUGCAGGUGCCCUGGAGGGCCAACUCAAGAAGAAGACAGGCAAACUCUUAAAUCUCAGUCCUCAGAAUCUUGUGGAUUGUGUGUCUGAGAAUUACGGCUGUGGAGGCGGCUAUAUGACCACUGCCUUCCGGUAUGUGCAGACGAAUGGGGGCAUUGACUCUGAAGAUGCUUAUCCAUAUGUGGGUCAGGAUCAAAGUUGUAUGUACAACCCAACAGCAAAGGCAGCUAAAUGCAGAGGGUACAGAGAGAUCCCUGUGGGCAGUGAGAAGGCCCUGAAGAGAGCAGUGGCUCGGGUGGGACCCAUCUCUGUGUCAAUUGACGCCAGCUUGACCUCUUUCCAGUUUUACAGCAGAGGUGUGUACUAUGACGAAAAUUGCGACGGUGAUAAUGUGAACCAUGCCGUGUUGGUAGUGGGCUAUGGCGCCCAGAAGGGAAACAAGCACUGGAUAAUUAAGAACAGCUGGGGAGAAAGCUGGGGAAACAAAGGAUAUGUUCUCUUGGCUCGGAAUAGAAACAACGCGUGUGGCAUUACCAACCUGGCCAGCUUCCCCAAGAUGUGAUUCCAGCCAGCCAACCCAUCCUGUUCUCCUGUUCCUUCUUUGAUGGUGCCAUGUAUCUGUGUAUUUUGGAGGGAGUUAACAAAGCACUCCUGAAGCGGAUUGUUGUCACGAAGACUGCUUAGUUUCUCUUCAUUGGUGCUCCCAGUGACACCUCUGUAACUUUGCUUCUCUCCACCCAAGCCCCCUUUCUUUGUGGACACAAUAGGAAACUCUCUGAGAGUUAUAUUUAGACUCUUAAGCUCUCUGGCCACAGACUCACCUGAUGCUGUGCAGACAGACACUGGAGGUCCCCAGCAGGCUGGAGGGACUUCCCAAGUCCCUGUCUCCCAUAUGCUCCAGGGCACAUUUCUGUUUUCCACCAAGAUCCACAAACUGAUUCAUAAUUCUUUGACAAAUCUACACAAUAAAUAUGUGUGCUUUUCUUUCUCUGAAUUUAAAAUAAAGUAUCUCAUUUACAAUUUAAUAAGUGA